AUGACUGGAGUAUUUGACAGUCUGGUGGCUGAUAUGCACUCGAGCCAGAUCACCGCCUCCAGCAGCUACCACCAGCACCACCACCAGCACGGCAGCACCAGCAGCGGCAGCAGCAACAGCAGCAGCAGCACCAGCAGUACCAGCCUUCACAAACCCCAGGAGUCCCCCACUUUACCCGUCUCCACGGCCACCGACAGCAGUUACUACACCAACCAGCAGCACGGAGCGGGAGGCGGCGGGGGCGGCGGGUCGCCCUACGCCCAGAUGGGUUCUUACCAGUACCACACCAGCGGCAUCAACACGGUCCCCUAUUCGGCCAAAGCCGGCUACGACCUGGGCUACUCGGCAGCCUACGGCUCCUACGGCCCCUACGGAACCAGCUCGUCUCCGCCCAACAACGAGCCCGAAAAAGAAGAUUGCGAGCCCGAAAUCAGGAUAGUCAACGGGAAACCAAAGAAAGUGAGGAAACCCCGGACGAUUUAUUCUAGUUUCCAGCUGGCAGCUCUGCAGAGGCGUUUCCAAAAGACCCAGUACCUGGCCCUGCCGGAGAGAGCGGAAUUAGCGGCGUCCCUAGGCCUCACUCAGACCCAGGUGAAAAUCUGGUUCCAGAACCGCCGAUCCAAGUUCAAGAAGAUGUGGAAAAGCGGCGAGAUCCCUUCGGACCAGCACCCGGGGGGCAGCGCCUCGCCAACGUGCGCCUCGCCCCCGGCCUCGGCCCCUGCCAACUGGGACUUCGUUCCGCAUCAACGGAUGGGCAGCGGCGGGACCGGGCCCGGGGCGGGGGCUGGGCCCGGGCCUGGGGCGGGGGGCGGCGGCAGCAGCUCGGGCUCCAGCCCCAGCAACGGGGCCGCCGCUGCCGCCGCCGCCGCCGCCUUCCUGGGCAACUACUCGUGGUACCACCAGGCCUCCAGCCCCGCCGCCCACCUCCAGGCCGCCACCCCCCUCCUGCAGCACGCCCAGCCCCAUCACCACCACCACCACCAUCACCAUCACCACCACGGCGGCGGCGGCGGAGGAGGAGCCGUCAGCGCCGGGACGAUUUUCUAAGACCAGAGAAAGAGGCGGGGAGGAUGGCCCCCUCCCCCCGUGCCCACCUCCACGACCACAACUUUCCUCCCCCCGUCCUUUCCCCGACCCGGCUCAACCUCCCCCCCGGGCCCCACUUUGACUGGGGGAGGACGGAUACUGGUGGUUUGAUGAAAA